CUCUGUCUCUCGCUCUCUCUCGUUCUCUCUCGACACUUUUACUCUUCCGUUCAAUUUCUGUUUCGGUAAGUUAAGCCGUAGUUAACCGGAAUUGGACAAAGAACUUGAAACUGACACGCUGAAAAGAGGGAGAAAACUAGGUGAUUGAGUUCAUUUCCUUUUUAAUGAAAGCUAUAUCGCCAGAUUCUUCUUUGUUUUUUGUUUUUAAGUUGCUCAGGUUGCUGAAGGGAGUUGUGUUAUUAUUAUUUUUUUUUUUUGGAAAUAUUGUGAACCGAAUAUAUGGGAUCAGAUUCUUUUCAGUGCGGGGCUAAGCUAAUGAUAAUGUAUUUGAACCCAUAGUGUGGCGUGUAGAUCAUGUGAUGGAAGAUGUGAAAAUUACAGUUGGUGGGGUCAAUGAUCGGUAUUUAGUUCAGGGACGGCGGAGGAUAAGCGACAAUUUGCUGUUAGAGAUAUUCCUGGCAAAGUGUUGUCUAAAGUGACCACAAUGCCAGUAGACAUUUCACAUGGAGAUAAAAUUGAGUCAAGUUCAAGUAAGUUUAGGAUAGAAAGGUCAAAGACAGAGAGGCUCAGACACUUAAGUCCUGAAGAUGCAGCACAAAUUUUUGAUGACAAAAUUCCUGUUCAGGAUAAGCUUAAAUUGUUGAACAGAAUAGCUACUGUUAAAGAUGAUGGAACUGUAGAAUUUGAAGUUCCUGUAGAUGUUGAACCCGAGGCAAUUGUUACUCAAUCCACUCAAGUAAAUCAUGUUGUUGAUGAUUCACUUGAUGCAACGGACUUUCAUUACAUCCCACCAUUGAAUAUAGUCAUGCUUAUAGUUGGUACACGAGGAGAUGUGCAACCAUUUAUUGCAAUAGGCAAACGAUUGCAGGACUAUGGCCAUCGAGUUAGAUUAGCAACCCAUUCAAAUUUUAAGGAGUUUGUUUUGACAGCGGGGUUGGAGUUUUAUCCAUUAGGCGGUGAUCCUAAAGUUCUGGCUGGUUAUAUGGUUAAAAAUAAGGGCUUUCUGCCAUCAGGACCUUCUGAGAUACCUAUUCAGCGAAAUCAAAUGAAAGAAAUUAUUAACUCUCUGCUUCCUGCUUGUAAAGAACCAGAUAUUGAUUCUGGUGUGCCCUUUAAAGCAGAUGCAAUCAUUGCCAAUCCCCCUGCCUAUGGGCAUACCCAUGUGGCAGAGGCACUUAAAAUUCCAAUUCAUAUUUUUUUCACGAUGCCAUGGACGCCAACUACUGAAUUUCCACAUCCUCUGUCACGUGUAAAGCAACAGGCUGGUUAUAGGCUUUCGUAUCAAAUAGUUGACUCUUUAAUUUGGCUUGGAAUACGGGACAUGAUUAAUGAUCUUAGGAAGAAAAAGUUGAAGCUACGACCAGUCACUUAUUUAAGUGGCUCACAGGGCUCUGAGACUGAGAUUCCACAUGCAUACAUAUGGAGUCCACAUCUUGUUCCUAAACCAAAAGAUUGGGGACCAAAAAUUGAUGUAGUAGGAUUUUGCUUUCUUGAUCUUGCAUCAAACUAUGAACCACCCGAGUCCCUUGUAAAAUGGCUUGGAGAUGGCGAUAAACCUAUUUACAUUGGAUUUGGUAGCCUGCCUGUUCAAGAACCAAAAAAGAUGACAGAAAUAAUUGUAGAUGCACUGGAGACCACUGGACAGAGAGGCAUAAUCAAUAAAGGAUGGGGAGGACUUGGGAAUUUGACAGAACCAAAGGACUCAAUAUACUUAUUGGAUAAUUGCCCUCAUGAUUGGCUUUUCUUGCAUUGCAAGGCAGUGGUUCAUCACGGGGGUGCUGGAACAACAGCUGCAGGGCUCAAAGCUGCCUGCCCAACAACGAUAGUUCCCUUUUUCGGCGAUCAACCAUUUUGGGGUGAUAGAGUACAUGCUAGAGGAGUUGGUCCUCCACCUAUUCCAGUUGAUGAGUUUUCGCUUCCCAAGUUGGUUGGUGCAAUAGAAUUUAUGCUAGAUCCUAAGGUAAAGGAACGUGCAGUUGAACUUGCUAAGGCCAUGGAAAAUGAGGAUGGAGUGACGGGAGCUGUGAAAGCAUUUUUUAAGCAGCUUCCUCAAAAAAAAUCAGACGCUGAUGCAGAACCGCAACCAUCUAGUUUUUUAUCUUUAAGAAGAUGUUUUGGUUGUUCUUGAUUCGAAUGCAGUUGAUCAAGGCCAACCUUUUUUUUAGUGAAUCGCAAAUAUUUACUGCAUUUAUUAGAUUUGCUCGACUUGUCACCCUGUCAGGUGAUUGUAUAAUUCUGUGCAUGCUUCUAUUCUCACUGUUUAAGUUGAGUUUCAAUAUGUAAGUAAAUUUUCUGUGGCUUUUAAUUGAUGUUAUGUGCUCACAAUGUGUUUGUGUUCUGUAUCAGUCUUGGAAAAUAAUAAUCAAAUAAUCAUACAUAACGGACAUUGCUAACUGUUCUGUGCAUGCCUCUAUUCUUUUCAUCCCGACAUAACCCAAUAGCAUCUCU